UCCGGACACGAUCCUGUGCUACACCGUUGUGCACGAUGGCAUCUCCACUGAAGAGUCUGGUCCACGAUGAUAGCAGGUACCAGAAAGCCUUCCAGCUUUUUCUGGAGCGCUCCACUGAGCACCAGUGUAUGCAGGACUUCAUCCACAGUAAACUGCCGGAUCUGCUGGCCAGUAUUGGAGAUGGAAAGUCCCGCCUAAAUGUCAUCGGAGUUGGCUGCGGAGACGGAAAGAUUGACCUGGAGAUGCUCUCUGAGCUCCGUCAGAAGCACCCAGGGGUGACGGUGGAUUACGAGGUGGUGGAGCCCAGCAGCCAGCAGCUGCAAAAGUACAAAGUUUCAGUGUCGGAGACGCCGGAUUUGGAUCACAUCAAGUUCAUCUGGAACGAGAUGACUGCGUCUGGGUUUGAGGAGCACUGGAGACGGGAAAAUAUGACCAAGAAGGCAGACUUCAUCCACAUGAUACAGAUGCUGUACUAUGUGGCUGAUCCCGGAGCAACUGUCAGCUUCUUCCAGAGUCUCUUGGAUAAGAAGGGGAAGCUACUCAUCAUUCUGGUAUCUGAGGAGAGCGGUUGGGGGAAGCUGUGGCAGACCUACAAGGACCAAUUAGUCAGUUCGGAACUCAGUCAGUGUGUGACCACCGGAGACAUUAAAAGCUACCUGGACGCCAGGGGAGUGGGCUACCAGUGGUUUGAGCUCCCGUCCGGGAUGGAAAUCACCGAGUGUUUCACUGAGGGAGACGAGAAGGGAGAGCUGCUUCUGGAUUUUCUCACAGAGGUGCAGGACUUCAGCAAAACGGCCUCGCCCGAGCUGAAAGCGGGAGUGCUGAAGUUGCUUCGUCACCCAAGCUGCAGCGUGGAGUCCGACGGCAAAGUUAUCUUUAACAACAACCUUGGCGUGGUAGUUAUAGAUCAGCUGACUUAAAAA